ACAUGGAGAUGUAAUAACAUAAAUAAAAAACAUGACAAUUUAUGUUUGCCUCCAAGAAGAGAGCAUAUGUGCAUAAAAAAAAUAAACGAUAUGAUGAGUUCAACUGUUGAUAAUAAAGACAAAUUAUUGAACGCAGUAAUGGAAGCGGCAAAAGAUGAAGCCAUAGAUAUAUUAAAAAAAUUGAAACCAGAAAAAGAAACUGAAUUUUCUAAUAUAUGUGAUGCUAUGAAAUAUAGUUUUGCAGAUAUAGGUGAUAUAAUUAGAGGAAGGGAUUUAUGGAAUAACGAUAGAAAAAAUGAAAGUAUACAAAGAAGGUUGGAUACAAUUUUCAGAAAUAUAUAUGAUCAACUGAAAAAUGAUAAAAAUAAAUAUAAUCAAGAUGGAGCACGUUUUUAUAAAUUACGAGAAGAAUGGUGGAAUACAAAUAGAAAAAAUAUUUGGAAAGCUAUGACAUGUGUUGCGCCAAAUGAUGCAAAAUUUAAAAAAAAAAAGGACGAAACUGGCACUACAACUACAACAUCUGCACACGUUAAAUGUGGACAUAAUAAAAUCACUCCUGUUGAUGAUUAUAUACCUCAACCUUUUCGUUGGUUAACUGAAUGGAGCGAAUAUUAUUGUAAAGCAUCGUCACACGUUAAAUGUGGACAUUUGAAAACCACUCCUGUUGAUGAUUAUAUUCCUCAACCUUUUCGUUGGUUAACAGAAUGGAGUGAAUAUUAUUGUAAAGGAAUGAAUAAAAAACUGGCUGAAUUGAAAGGUAAAUGCGAGACGUGCACUAGUGGUUCACCAUGUAAGGAUGAUCAGGAUGGAAAAAUAUGUGAAGAAUGUAAAGAAAAGUGUACAUCUUUCGGUAAGUUUGUUAAAGAAUGGCAACAAAAAUUUAAUAUACAAUCGACUAUAUACAACGAAUUGUAUCAAAAAUCAGAUAACGCCAGUACUAAUAAUACCAAUAAUAGUUUUAAUAGAUCUACGAAACGAAAUAGAAGAAGAACCGGAAUUGUAGAAGAUGAUGAUAAUAAACGUACAGAUAAUUUUUUAAAACAAGUGAAAAACAAAUGCGGUGACGACGCAAAAACGGCCGAACAAUACCUCGAUAAAACUACUAAAUGCAUACCAUACAAAUUUACCAAAAGUGAUGCUGUCGCUGGCGCCACUAGUAAUGAUGAUAAUUAUGCUUUUAACGAUAAACCUCCAAAACCAUAUGAAAACAAAUGUGAAUGUGAACGUCCUGAUCCUUUAGAUAAAUGUCCUGAUGAAAAUACUAAUACAUAUGAAAAAGUGUGUAAGAAUUUGUCUAUUACAAAAACAUGUAUAAAUAAAAAUUUUAAUAAUGAUCUGGAUAGUUGGACUCCUUACGAAGUCAAAGAGUUAACAGGUAACAAUAAAGGUGUAUUAGUUCCUCCUAGAAGAAGAAAAUUAUGUCUUAGGAAUAUAACUACAAAACUACGUUCUAUAAAAAAUAAAGAUAAUUUCAAAAAAAUACUUCUUGAUUAUGUUUUCACUGAAGGGAAAUUUUUAGGUGAAAAAUAUAAAAACCAACCUACAAAAGCAUUAGAGGCUAUGAAAUAUAGUUUUGCGGAUUAUGGAGAUAUAAUUAAAGGUACGGACAUGAUAGAAGGAAUACUUGUCAAUGAUUUAAAUGAUAGGUUAAAUAAAAUAUUUUCAAAUAAUGAUAGUACAUCUACUAAUACCAAUGAUGAUCAAAAACAAUGGUGGGAUAAUAAUAAAAAACAUGUUUGGCACGCAAUGUUAUGCGGAUAUAAAUCAGAAAACAAAAGUAAAACCUUGGACAAUACAUGGUGUCCUGUACCUAAAGAAGAUGAUACUCCUCAAUUUCUUCGAUGGUUAGAAGAAUGGGCAAAAAUAUUUUGUGAUGAAAAACAAAAAGAAGCAAAAACGGUUGUAGACCAAUGUUUAAAAAAACUUCAAGAACAAAAGCCUAAAACAAUUACUGAGAUAGGAGACAAAUAUUGCAAACAAUUAUUAAAUAAAUAUAGAGAUUGGUAUUUAAAUAGAAAUAGACAAUGGAAAGGAUUAAAGGAAGCAUAUGAAAAGUAUAAAGAUAAAAAUGGUUCAUCCGGAGGUCAACAAUUACCAUCAAAUGUUGAAGAUUAUGUGAAAAGCAAAUGUUCUGAAUGUAAUUGUAACUAUGAUGAUUUACAAAAAAUAUCUGAUUAUCAAGACAAAGAGAACGAAUUAUUCAAGGAAUUAGUUUUAAAAGCUCAAAUUGAUAGUAUUCAUCCUAAGGAUACAGCAUUUUACAAAUUUUUUACUCUUAGAGGAUUCGGUCCAGAAAUUGCAAAAAAAGCUUUCGAUGCUGCUCCCGGUAUAAUUUCUAAAGUAUCUGAGUAUGGAGUUCAAUCUGCAAAAAAUGUUCUAAAUGAACUUAAGGAAAUCAUCGAUAAAAUUAAGAGUAGUGAUUCAAGUCAAACUCCCGCAGAACCUCCUCCUGCACCAGCAACUCCACCUUCACCUAGACCACCCGUAACACCUCAAGGAACACAACACGACGAACCAAUAAAUAGUGAAAUUUUAUCUUCCACUCUCCCUGUUGGAAUAAGUUUUGCACUAGGUUCGAUCGCUUUACUGUUUUACCUUAAGAAAAAUCCCAAACUUGGACCUACGAAACUUUUUCGCGUUAUUGAUAUACCACAAAACGAUUAUGGCAUCCCUGAUAAAACAUCUACCAAUAGAUAUGUACCAUAUGGUAAAUAUAAAGGAAAAACGUACAUAUAUAUGGAACGUGAUACAGAAGAUGACAAAUAUAUGUUUACAUCUGAUACGACUGACGUAACUUCGUCAGAAAGUGAGUAUGAAGAGAUUGAUAUAAAUGAUAUAUAUCCCUAUAAAUCACCUAAAUAUAAAACUUUGAUCGAAGUGGUAUUAAAACCUAGCAGUAAAGCCCAUGAUGAUAAAUCUAUGUAUAAAAAAGAUGAUAGUAAUAAACUUACAGAUGAGGAAUGGAAUCAACUGAAACAAGAUUUUAUCUCGCAAUAUUUACAAAAUAUACAAAAGGAUUUACCUAAUGAGGAUACCAUUGAUAAGAAUAUUUAUAAAAAUACACAAAUUAAUAUUUUAGACGUAAAUAUUGAAGAAAAACCUUUUAUUACACAAAUCCAAGAUCGAAAAUUAUAUAGUGAUGAUAACGAAAUUAUAUAUAAUAUUGAUUGGAAUGUUCCAAAAAAUAUUAGCACUAAUACUACAGAUGAUUCAAAAUAUGUUUCAAAUGAUCAAUAUACUGGAAUUGAUUUAAUAAAUGAUUCGUUAAAUAGUGGUAAUGAUAUUUAUGAUGAGUUGCUCAAAAGAAAAGAAAAUGAAUUAUAUGGAACAAAACAUCCAAACAAUAUAUCAACAAAUCGUGGUGUCAAGGGAACACAUAGUGAUCCUAUAAAUAAUCAAAUAGAUUUGUUCCAUAAAUGGUUAGAUAGACAUAGAGAUAUGUGUAACAAAUGGAAUAAUAAGGAAGAAAUGUUGAACCAAUUGAAUGAAGAAUGGAAUAAUGAAAAUAAAGAACAUGUAUUGUAUACAUCAACUAUUGAUGAUAUUAAUAGAAUUAAUGAUGAAAAUUAUAAUAUGAUUAAUGCAAAUACUAAUGAACAUAAUCAUAUAACAUCUCUUGAAGAUUUUUGUUCAACAAAUAUUCCUCCUAAUGAUCUUAUAACGAAAAAUAAUGGUUCUCAAACAAAGAAUUUACGCACAAAUAUAUCUAUGGAUAUACAUUUUGAUGAAAAUAAUAAUAAUGUAACCAAUGAAGACGAUCAGUUGGAAAAUUCGUAUAAUUUAUGA